GUAGUCGGAACUACUGAUUACAAUCAGCGUAUAAGUUUAUGCAUUUGUAUUUAGUAAUCGACACGUGUGUUGACAGAAGUUCAUUUGAAGUCUAUCGUGAUGAUUUUACAGAGACAGCUUCAAUGGAACCGUAAAAUCUUGAUAAUGAUGGAUUUUAAAGCAUGUGUUUGAUUGGUCGAUUUAAAUACUAAAUGUUUUAUACAUAUGGACCUGAGGAAAAAGUCUUGAUUUUUUAACUUGACGCCAAGUAAAAUGUAAUGUGAUUUGCAGCUCUCUUAGAAUAUAAUUACAAAGGAAUUGUUAAAAAAAAUCCAAAAUUUAAAGUAAUGGGAUUAAGUAAGCAAGUCUUGUGAUUGUGCAAAAAAAAACGAAUUAUUGAAAACAUGUGUUGCAAAACGCAAAAUCACACAAAGCGACUGGAGUACACGUGAUAAUCGCUGCAAAUACAAAAAUCACUAAAAAAGUUUAAAACAUUAUGUAACUUUCUGGAAUUAUUAUCUUUCCAAGGGAAUGAACUUAGGAUGGCAUGGAUAUUUGUAUUUAUUUUAUCUGUGUUCUAUUGUGUCAACUCUUCCUACAGCUAUCAAUUUGCCAAUUCCCUUGAACAACAACGUAACAGUUUAAGAAUUGUCGCACUUCACAUACGUUCCGAAAUUCAGUACAGAUUUGCUACCACCCACGUGACGAGCUCUAUUCUAAACGAAGACUUAAAGGACAGAGAAACCAUAUUCGACGUUACACUACCAGAAGCUGCUUUCAUAUCAAACUUUUCACUGCAAAUAAUGGGCAAAAGAUAUGUUGGAGAAAUCAAAGACAAGGAAACCGCAAAGAAGCAGUACGAACAAGCACGGCAACGUGGACAAUCAGCAGGACACGUUGGAAUGAAACCAAGAGAUACGAACAAAUUCAAAGUUGCCAUCAACGUUGCAGCUCUGAGUGAAGUCACGUUUUACCUGACGUAUAAUGAGAUUUUACAACGUCGACGUGGCAGUUACGACCACACCAUAUACAUUAACCCCCGACAGAUAGUUGACGACUUCCGAAUAGAAGUAUAUAUACAGGAAUCAAGAGAGAUAACCUUACUACGAGUUCCACCUUUACGAAAUGAUAUCCUUUCAAAUUAUAAUACAGCAGUUCGAAACAGAUAUGCGAUUGUGGACAGAACUUCGCCGACAUCAGCCUUUAUAAGAUAUAAUCCAUCACGUGAAGAUCAAAUUCGAGCUUCGAUGCAUGGCCUCUCGGGCUUGUUCAUCGUUGAAUAUGAUGUUGAUAGAAAAUUGGAUGCUGGAGAUGUGCUAAUUGUCGAUGGUUUCUUUGUGCACUUCUUUGCUCCGACUGGUCUCCAUCGAAUGGCAAGACGAAUUUUGUUUAUAUUGGAUACCAGUGGGUCAAUGAUAGGUACAAAAAUGCAACAGCUAAAAGAUGCUAUGAUGCAAAUUUUAGACGAUUUACAAGAAAAUGAUUUAUUUAACAUCAUAGAAUUUAAUGAUAAAAUUUCAAGAUGGUCAACCGAUUUGCCAGUAGAAUAUGCCACACCUGACGCAAUAGAUUCUGCAAAAACGUUUAUCAAGAAUUUAACUGCUGAUGGAUGGACGAAUAUAAAUGACGCUGUAUUAGAAGGAUUAACUGCAAUACUUAAUAAAAACAUAAGUGAUAGUGACACUACACCAGUGAUAAUAUUUCUGACAGACGGGGACCCAACAGCUGGUGAAACCGAUACUGCUAAAAUAUUAAACUCGAUUCAAGGACGAAACACUGGAGGUGUUCCAAUUUUUAGUCUUGCUUUUGGUGAAAAUGCUGAUUAUAAUUUUAUGAAGAAAAUGUCAGCGCAGAAUAAUGCUUUUUGCAGAAAAAUAUAUGAAGCGUCUGACGCCACAAUCCAAUUGACAGGUUUUUAUGAUGAAGUGUCAUCAGUUUUAAUUUCUAAUUUAACAUUCCAGUUUAUCGGUAAAGAGACAGUUAAGUCAUCAAUUACAAAUGCCUUAAUUCCAAAUUAUUUUGAGGGUUCAGAAAUUAUAAUAACUGGGCAACUAGCAUCGCGAGAUUUGCAAGAGUUGAGACUUUCCGUUACAGGUAACGGAUUAAAUGGCACAAUGGAACUACGGUCAGCUUCUAAUAUUUAUAUACAUGGAGCAAAUUAUAGUGAGAAAAAGAAAUUUGAAGGAUUUAGUUAUUCUCACAUUGCAGAGAAAAUGUGGGCUUAUUUAACAAUAAAACAACUUUUAAACGACAGACUGCGAGAGUUGAAUACGACAACGAGACACGAUAUGAAAUAUCGAGCUUUAAAGCUAGCUCUUAAGUAUAACUUUGUAACACCAUUAACAUCUAUGGUUGUUACUACGCCUUUAAAUAGAGGCCAAAACAACGUCAUAGAUCCGAACGACAACGAAUUUGGAGCGUCAGAUGAUCCAUAUUCGUAUUGGAGUAACAACAUUCCACAAGCACAAGCUUUUACAAUGAGUUCUCCGUCCUUUGUUGACAACGAUCCCCAUUUCAUAGUACACAUGAAAGGGAUUGAUACAUCGGUAUGCUUUGAUAUUAUGGGUAUACCUGGAGAUAUUAUUAAUCUGGUCAGAGACGAAAUUUCAGGUAUUGUUGUUAACGGCAUAAUUGUAUCAAACAAGCGAAUAUUCAUCAGAAAGAAACGAAAAGAUGAUUCCAUGGACAGCAGCCAAGAGCUAAAAACCUAUCUUGGAAGUAUAGUAAUUUCUGGCUUUGGAACUCAUAUAAGCAUUACUCCUGAAAGAUGGAUACUGAAUGGGGAUGUUCAUAAAUGGUUGUCGUCAGAAGUAAUGACAUCAUAUAAAACAAAAAUUGUAACAGACGGGACAGGCGAAAUGAUUGUUGUUAUGUUUCCAAACAGAAUAACGUUAUUAGUCAUGAAACAUACGAGAACUAAGUCACAAAAACGUGCAGGAAAGGUCGACUUCCUGGGUUUUUAUAUAGUAGAAGAUCGUGGAUUUUCUGAGUCCACUCAUGGGCUACUAGGGCAAUUUUUAUACAGAAAAGUAACAUUAGAGAAGAAAAAGACUCUAAAAAAUGGACGCACUCGUGGCAAAUUAAAAGUUCACGGAAACACUAGAAAGCCACGAAAAGUAUGUGCAUCACUAGGGAGGCGGUUGAAUUUAGCAACUAACUCAAAAAUAGAAUGCUGGAUGGUUCAAAACAAUGGCAAACGAUUAUUAGAUGGCAAUUAUAUGGACUACAUUAAUAGGAGAAAUGUUACCGAUUACAUUAAUCGUCUAGGUGGAGGUGGUUGAAUGUUACAAUGUAAUUAUUUAAUGUACAAUGUACAACAUUGUAUAAUUAAUGGUUGUUAAGCUGUACAGGACAAAUCAUUCAUUUUAAGUAUAAUUAUACAAAUAUGUCACGUGCCACGUACUCUAAUCAAGUAGACAUUUGGAUAAAUAACAAGAUCUGAUCUACAUAUAUCAUCUGAAAUAUGUAUUAUAACACUGCAAACGAAUAAACGGAGCAGGAAGAUGGAAAAAUACCAAAAAUGUUUUGAUGACAAAAGCCAGCACCCGUCAAUAUGAGAGACAAAAUAGCCUUCGAGUAAAACGUGGAAUUACAGGCAUUGUUUCAUAAAGGAAAUAAAGUGUGACGCAUGAUUCCGUGGAAUCAUAAUAUACAUGUAUGCAUUUAUAUUUUUCACAAAAUGGCAGGAUUUACCUAUAUAGAAGUCUAUAUUAGUAGACCGAGUACUAGUAAUCUGCAAUUUUUUGUUUGAUGUUUUUUCUUCUGGUUUUUAUUAACGUAAAAUAAAUCAUUUUUGUAUUAAUUUACUUGCAUUGUAUACAUUUUUUAAUUUUUUUUUAUCAAAGACAUUAUUCAAUAGACCACUUUCGAGUUAUAUCCUUCACGGAAAAGUUCGUCCUUUACGACGUCAUUUAUCAGAUAGAGGGGACCGCCUGUAUCCCUGCACUAUCAAAGUUCACCAAGCGUCAUUAUGUAGGAUAAACUAGAAAUAUUUUUUGUUCCGUAGGUACUUAAUCAUAGUUCCCUAAAUACAGCAGUGCUGAUUAUCAAUUAUAAGAAUUUAACUUGCCGAAUAAUUUGUGCAAUAUAGCAUCAUAUUUUUCAACCGCUCGCUCAAAAUUGGAAGGAAGUGACGAUGCCCCUAUACGCACGAAUGAUGUUCACUAAAACCAAAGUUUUUGAAGGAAAUGCAACGAACUCGAAAAGUGGUCUAUUAGUUAACGUACACAUACAGUAUACGAAGUAAGUGUAUGUUAGAACAUAUUAUUUUUACAUAUUUGCAAAAGCUUAUUUUAAGGUAUUGAUUCACCCUUGGAUUUCACUUUUCUUUUGGUUUGGGCGUUCUGAUGAAGGUUAAUAAAAUAAAGUACUUCGGACGUACCAACUUUAUAGUUUUACUUUCAAACAUAAUUACUUGGUAAUUGGCUCAAUAAAAAGGGUAUUAACAGAAUCAAGAUAGAGACAAACACAAAUUAGCUUUUUUUUAAAGACGGUUGCAUUUGGUGCAUAAACGUAUUAACUAUUCGUCAAUUUUAUAAUAGCAAGAUGAAAUAUUAUAGUUGAUUUUCGUUUCAGCUUUCCGCCACUUUCGGCAAUAUUUUAACUUUUCGUAUCAGUAUCUAAAAUCUAAAUAGAUUUAUGGCGAAAAAAUGGCAUAUAAUCAAGCAGUUGGCGUUCUUACAAAGCAGUAACCUGCUUCACUAAUGCACACAUAUUAUAACAUGUUUUAAUUGAUUGCUGAUAAUUUGUUAAUAUUUGAUACAAAACACACGGUUUAUAUGUAAAAUAUGACAUAUAAUUUCAGAAUAUAUGUAUAUUGUUUGAUUUGUUUGCUGUACGCCGACUGACCACAAAAAAGCUAUAUCGCGGCGAUUUCAAGUGCUCACUUUUAAUAAAACUCUGAUUGUGCAAUAAAAUGAGUAACAGCAUAUGAUAUUCGUUCCUAUAAACUCGGUUAUGAUUUUAAAAAAAAGCGUAUGAUAGAAUAUGGCUAUGCAGUACAAAAGUGGACAAAAUAAGUAAUUAACCGUUUACAAAACUUCAUUUUAUUUAAAUUCUAAGGAUCUUCUACCCAUGGUAUAGAUUACCUUACUGUGGAUUCAUUACUAUUCGUGGGAUAUCAAUUUUCGUGGAUUUCGUGGGUAAAGGUGAACAACGAAUUCAAAUUUUCAAUGAAAUACAAAUGUUCUUUAGGAUUGUAUACAGACUUUGGCAAAACCACGAAAUCAAUUAUCCACGAAAAUUGAUACCCACGAAAAUAAAUGAAUCCACAGUAGCUGUAUAAUUGGCAACACCGUUCGGAAUUUUGGGCCCUGACUGCUUUUCAACUUCGUGUUCUUAUUUUUACUUUUUAAACUUUUUUAAUUCGAGCCCAACUGAAUGGGUUUAUUAUUUACCAAUUAUUAUAACAUUUUUUGGAUUGACAAUAUAUUAACUUGCCAUAUAACGAAUUUUAUGUAAUGACCUUGUUUUGUCAUCUAAUGCAUUUAUUUUGACCUUUUCGAUUUUUUCAAAGCUACAUGAAGAUCUUAUAACAAUAGUUAUAUUGCAGUACCACAUGAAUCAAAAUUGCAACUUUAAUGUGGUAUUAAUUUUAAAUAUGAAUUGUAACUAUUUACAUAUUAAAAGAAAGUAAACAUCAAGAAUCA